AUGGGCAAGACCAAGAAGGGCUCAACGUCGGCGAACGGCGAAGCGUCGAAGCCCAAGAGUGGCGAUGCGGCAAUUCAGCUGACGAACGGCUUCCUCGCCGUACCCCUCGCCAUCCCGCACACGAGCGCAAAACACUGGCUCUACGUCCGACAACAUGCAGCUUCACAGACCGCAUCCAGCUCCAAACUUGAUAAGCUGCCAGCGGAUCGCACGCUAUUCAUGGCCAACUUGCCGGUGGACGCGGACGAAGAGUGGGUUCGGGGGGUGUUUGGUAAAGUGGGCGGCGUGAGCAGCGUCAAGUUCCGGAGGCAGGCGGUGGCGGAUGAGGAGGAUGAGCGGGAAAUGGUUGGCGAAGGCGAGUCGGGCUCCGAAGCCGAAGAGGAAGAAGAGCAUCAGCUUGCGGCUGCAGAGCAAAAGGGCGGAAAGAAGAAGAAAGGCAAGCAGCAGGAGCGCAAGAGUCGAGUGCCGCGCGUUACACCUCUACCCAGUCUGGAUCCGCGCGAGGCGGCUGGGGGCACAUCCUUUUUGGCCACGGCGAGCAGUGCGCAUGUCGUCUUCCUCGAUGGGCUCACAUUGACCCGUGCGAUGGAAGCGCUUCGAAAAGGUCUUCGCUGGCCCACACGCAAGGAAGACGCUCCGCCAACCGGACUCACGUUCCUUCUUCAGCAACACACGCUCUCCCGUCCAGCACUACCGGCCAUCGCCGCGUGGGCCAACUCGACGAUUGCCCUGCACACCUACCGCGUCGCCCACCCGGCACCACGUCGUCUCGGCGUACGCGGCGUCACCCUCGGCCCCUCUGGCGAACUCCUCGACGAGGACGGAUUCAUCAUCGUCCAACGCUCUUCCAGCAGCAAAUACGGUCGUGUCGGCGCAUCCGCCGAAUCCGGCGGCUCGGUGGGCAUCGCCAAGGGCGGCUAUGUCGAAGGCAAGAACGGCAAACGCAAGAGCGAGGGUCUGCAGGACUUCUACCGCUUCCAGCUAAGAGAGCGCAAGAGGGACGAGCUCAAGGAACUGAGGAUCAAGUUCGAGAGGGAUCGAGCCAAGGUGGCCAAGUUGAAGGAGGGGAGGCGAUUCAAGCCGUAUUGA